GCGGCCCCGCUGGGCCUGGGGCUGGCCCUGGCCCUGGCCCUGGCCCUGGCCCUGCGGCGGGCGGGCGCGGCGGACUGCGGGGCCCUCGGCCCGGCGGAGCGCCUGGCGUUCGCCCCGGCGGCCAAGACCCGCUGGCUGGCCCCUCGCGUCCGCGCGCCAGGGCCCCUGGACCCCCUCUACGGCACCGUGCGCCGCUUCCUCUCCGUGGUGCAGCUCAACCCCUUCCCCGCCGAGCUGAUAAAGGCCUUGCUGAAUGAGCCAUCCUCCGUGAAGGCGGAUGAGGUGGUGCGGUAUGAGGCAGGCUACGUGGUGUGUGCUGUGAUCACCGGCCUCUACCUCCUGGUGGUACCCACCGCUGGGCUCUGCUUUUGCUGCUGCCGCUGCCGCCGGCCCUGUGGGGGCCGAGUGAAGAUGGAGCACAAGACGAUGGCCUGCGAGCGAGGCACCCUCGUGGCCUUCCUGCUGCUGACCACCCUCGUACUGCUGAUCGGCGUGGUCACUGCCUUUGUCACCAACCAACGCACGCAUGAGCAGGUGGGCCCCAGUGCCAAGGCCCUGCCGGAGACUCUGCUCAGCCUCCGGGGCCUGGUCGCCGAUGUCCCCCAGGAGCUGCAGGCCGUGGCACAGCAGUUUUCCCUUCCUCAGGAGCAAGUCUUGGAGGAACUGGAUGGUGUCCACGGGAGCAUUGGGAACAUGAUCCACACGCAGCUCAAGAGCACCGUGUAUGAGGUCCUGGCCUCCGUGCUCAGCCUGGGCCAGGCCCUGCAGGUCUCCGUGGACCACCUCCGAGCCCUGAACGCCACCUCCGUGGAACUUCAGGAGGGGCAGCAGGCCCUGGCGCCGGCUGUCCAGGGGCACCGGGAGCGCCUCCUGGCCCUGCUGCAGGAGCCCGGCUGCCGGGGCUGUGCAGAGGCCCUGGACAGAGCCCACGCCUUGGAGCUGGGAGCUGACUUCAGCCAGGUGCCCUCUGUGGAUGAUGCCCUGCAUCGGCUGAAAGGUGUCCCAGAGGCCAACUUCUCCAGCAUGGUCCAGGAGGAGAACAGUACCUUCAAUGCCCUUCCGGCUCUGGCUACCUUGCAGACGGCCGACAUGAUCAGAGAGCUGAAGAAGGUGGUGGCCCAGCAGCCUAGAGAGCUGAAGACACUGGUCGAAGCAUUCCCAGGCUGGGAGGCGGCUUCUCGCUGGAGCCAAGCACUGGAGGAGAUGGAACAGAGCAGCCGCGCCUACCUGAAGGAGGUGCAGAGAUAUGAGAAAUACAGGUGGAUGGUGGGCUGCGUGCUGUGCUCUGUGGUCCUGCUUGUGGUGGUCUGUAACCUGCUGGGCCUCAACCUGGGCAUCUGGGGGCUCUGUAACAGGGAAGACCCCAGCCACUCGGAAGCCAAGGGCAAGGCUGGAGCCCGCUUCCUCAUGGUGGGUGUGGGCUUCAGCUUCCUCUUCGCUGCGCCCCUCAUCCUCCUUGUCUUCGCCACCUUCCUGCUGGGUGGCAACGUGCAGACCCUGGUGUGCCGGAGCUGGGAGAGCGGGGAGCUCUAUGAGUUUGCAGACACUCCGGGGAACUUGCCGUCAUCCAUGAACUUGUCCCAACUUCUUGGCCUGAGGAAGAACCUCGGCAUCCUCCUGGCCUAUCAGCAGUGCAAGCAAGGGGCUGCGCUCUGGACGGUCCUGCAGCUCAGUGACUCCUAUGACCUGGAGAAACACCUGGAUAUCAGCCAGUACACUGCCAAGCUGCAGCAGGAGUUGCAGAAACUCAAAGUGGAAGUGAAGAAUCUGGACCUGCUGAGCCCAGCCGCCCACCAGGACCUGGAGGCCCUGCAGAGCAGUGGGCUCGAGAGCAUCCACUACCCAGGCUUCCUUGUUGAGAUUCAGAAGCCUGUGGUGAACAUCAGCGUGGAGAAGCUGGCCCAGGAGCUGGAGGGACUGGCCCAGACCCAAGGCAAUACUGUGCUGGGGCAGCAGCUGCAGAAGGAGGCCCAGGGGCUCAGAAACCUCCAUCAGGAGAAGCUCCUCCUCCAGCAGAGGCUUGUGGCUAAGCUCAACCUCAGUGUCCAUGCCCUGGCAUCCUCUGCCCCACUUCUCCAGCCGGAGACCUCAGAUGUCCUGGACAGAGUCGCUCACCUGAAAGGAGAGCUGCCUACCUGGGCCACCCGUAUCCUGAAGAAUGAAAGUGAGUGUUUCCUGACCCGGGAGAUGGGCUACUUUUCCCAGUACGUGGCCUGGGUGAGAGAGGAGGUGACUCAGCGCAUCGCCACCUGCCAGCCCCUCUCCACAGCCCUGGACAAUGGCCGUGUGAUCCUGUGUGACAUGGUGGCUGACCCCUGGAACGCCUUCUGGUUCUGCCUGGGCUGGUGCGCCUUCUUCCUGAUCCCCAGCACCAUGUUCGCUGUCAAGACCUCCAGAUACUUCCGUUCCAUCCGGAAACGCCUCAGCACCACCAGCUCUGAGGACACUCAGCCCUUCCACAUACCCCGGGUCACCUCCCUGAAGCUCUAG